ACCGGAGCAAGCACUGGGAAUAAUGUCGUACUCGUCACUGAUCAGGGAGAGGAAGGAGAAGGCAUCGGCCAUUGCCCGUGAGGCCCAUGGGGGAGAAGUGGUCCAGCUUGACCUGGGCAAGAAGGUCAGUGUCCCUCAGGACGUGAUGAUGGAGGAACUCUCGCUUCUCUCCAACAAAGGAUCCAAGAUGUUCCAGAUGCGACAGAAGAGGGUCGACAAGUUUACGGUGGAAGGGGUAGGAGGAUCAGUGGCAGGGAGUGACCUCAAAGGUGGCGUAAACACUGGAGAAUACCCAGGCCAACACCACAUGGGCAUUGGUCAGAACGUGGAAGGGAUGAAGGAGAACUACAGGACAGAGGUGCACAUCAUGCAGCCUGGGAAAGGGUCUGGCCCAGCUGUUGCCCCCAAACCGUACGCCAAACUCUCCGCGGCGAAGAACAUCAAAGUUGUGCUGAACCCCAACAUCAUUGCACCAGGUUACUCGGGCCCCCUGAAGGAAAUCCCGCCGGAGAAGUUUAAUAUCACAGCCAUACCCAGAUCCUACCAGUCACCAUGGGCUGAGGCUCUUGGGGAGCAGACAGAUCUCCUGGAAACCGUGGUCAACCAGCUGCCAGAGGCGCCACCAAAGGUUGAGUCCCAGACGUACAGGUGCUUCAACAGAGUUGCUACACCGUUUGGUGGACCAGGGGCCUGCAGGAGGCUGUUGGAGGUGCAGGGCUAUGAGUUCACGGAGAUACCAGAGGAGCCCGUCGUCGUUGACACUCCACGGUUCACUAACAGGCCCAGCUUCAAUCGCCUCGCCCGCGGAUGGACUGGGCCCCCUCUCCCAGAAUCCCCAGAACUCUGA